AUGACUGCCUACAUCUUCUGGAUAAGAAUCGACAAUACUAAUAAAUCCAAUAUACCUCCAAUUAAUGGUAAAUGUUGGUUAUAAUUGGAGUUCGGCAAGCCCAGGUUGUUGCCGCUGGCUAGAAACAGCAGGGUUUCCCCGGUCGUGCAUGUAUAGACUUCAGAAAGAGAUCUUAUGAACACCACAGCUCUGUAGGAUGCUGCAUUCUUUUCCCUCUAUACCCAGCAACACUUGACAACAGCAGAAAGGGGAUUCAUUAUCAUACACAGUCAGUAAACAAGACCGAGAUCAGAAAUUUAUGAGCGGUAUUUUGGUGGGCAGCAAAAGGUAGUCAGGUUUCAGAAACAGCCCCCCCCCCCUAGCUUCUCCCACCCUCGCCCUCCACCCUAAAUAGCGCCUGCUACGCAGGCUAGAAACAGGCCGGCUCUUUUAAGACUUCGUCAAUGCCAGUCCUCGUGUUUGCCGUGUACACACAAAGGCGUUGUCAGGGGGCGGGGGGCUAGACCAGUGGUCUAAAAUGCAUGAAAUAGCGUUUCACAGACCCUAAAAAUAGGAAAGAAGGCGUUAGAAAUCAGUAAAAAGUGACAUUAAACUGUUCGAAUGACAACAACUUUAAUGAAUUUCAAACAAGCAAGACAUGAUAUCCGUUUUUAAUACCAGGCAAAUUAAAAUCACAGAACUAAUGCGGGAAGAAUUCAAGACCUUAAAAUUUUGUUCUCAAAUUCAGGGAGUUUCGAGCAUAGCGGCCCAAUCUCAGAGUGAAUAAUCAGGAGUUGGGAGUUUUUAACGGCUUUUAUAAACAAAAUUUAUACUCAACCAAAACUACUCUAAAAACAUUCUUAAAUUAGUCAAAUAACUACACUUUAACAAUAAAAUAUAGUUAACAUGAUAGUAUAAUGCCUUGGCUUUGCAUUCUUUCACCAUGAGCUCAGUUAGAGCGGUUUAUGAAACCUUUUCUGUGUCCAAUGUUCACUGUUGCUCGUCAUAGGCUCAUAGCAUACAAAUAAGUAAACUAUGACGAGCAACACACUACAUAGGCCACAGAAAAGGUUUCGUAGACCGCUCUAAAUUAAUGAGCUCAUGGAGUAAUUAAAAGAAUGCAAAGGCAUUAUACUGCAUUAUACAGGGUGUCUCAAAAAAACCCAAAAUCAUUGAAAUAACGUAUUGUUCGAAUUUCAAUGCCGUAACACAAAGGAUUUUGACAGGGUGAUUAAUUUGUUUUAAAAAAUUAAAAUAUCUUUGUAAAGUGAACGUUUGUUUGCUCAUGGGAAUUUAAAAAUGCUUCGUAAAUUGUAUAUGCGUAAUAUGCAUUCGUGGGUUUAGUACUUUAUGCCUGACAUAACAAGUUUACGCUGAGUAUUACCAUUCAUUAUAGCAGUUAUGUCAAUCUUUUAUGCACUCGUGGGAUUAACUUAGUGCUAGGGCAUUGAAUAUCGAACAAUACGUCAAUUUCAAUGAUUUUGGGUUUUUUUGAGACACCCUGUACAGGGUGUCCCAAAAAAAACGAAAACUAUUGAAAUCACUUAUUGUUAAAUUUGAAUGCCCUACCAAACAGCUGGACGUAUGUAUUAGAAUUUAGUUAGGAAUAUCUUCUGGUAAAGUGCGCGAUUUUCUGCUCCUGAAAUUGACGUAUUGUUCGAUAUUCAAUGCCCUAGCACUAAGUUAAUCCCACGAGUGCAUAAAAGAUUGACGUAACUGCUAUAAUGAAUGGUAAUACUCAGCGUAAACUUGUUAUGUCAGGCAUAAAGUACUAAACCCACGAAUGCAUAUUACGCAUAUUACAAUUUACGAAGCAUUUUUAAAUUCCCAUAAGCAAACAAACGUUCACUUUACAAAGAUAUUUUAAUUUUUUAAAACAAAUUAAUCACCCUGUCAAAAUCCUUUGUGUUACGGCAUUGAAAUUCGAACAAUACGUUAUUUCAAUGAUUUUGGUUUUUUUUGAGACACCCUGUACAGGGUGUAUCAAAAAAAGCGCAACCUCGGAAUUUCCCAAGACAUCGACAUUGUUUUAAAGACAAAAGAUUUUAGGCGUCUGGGAAUUUAAAAUAGCAUAACUGUCAAAAUUACUGCACACGCGAGUGCAUAAAGCAAAAUUUAUGCAUUUAUUUAAUGCACAACAACAGUAAUAUGAUCUAUUAGCAAUUCGAUUUCAAUUCCCAGGGGCCUAAAAUCUUUUAUGCUUAAGAAUUGCAAAGUGAUUUCUUAGGAAAUUCCGAGGUUGCGGUUUUUUUGAUACACCCUGUAUAUAGGCAUUAUAUUAUCCUGUGUUUGAAUAAUUAGACCAUAUAGCCGGCUUAGAUUUGUAAUUGUUUUUAAAGUUUCAUAUCUUUAGUUACUUUUAACCUGAAGAUGGAGUUAUACUCCGAAACGUAGUUAUUAAAAUAAUCUUUUUGUACUAAGCCUAUAUGGUCUAAUUAUUCAAACACAGAAUUACUAAAAUGCGACUUAGAGAAAGUUCCAUCAUACAACAUUAUAUUAUCAUAUUAACCAUAUCUUAUUGUUAAAGUGUAGUUAUUUGACUAAUUUAAGAAUGUUUUUAGAAUACUUUUGGUUGAGUAUAAAAUUUAUUUAUAAAAGGCGUUAAAAACUCGCAACUCCUGAUCAUUCAUUCUGAGAUUGGGCCGCCUGUGCUUCACAUCAAGUUCAAUCUCGCCAGAGUAUGCCUGUUCGCGGGUUAUGUAAAAAAAUAACCCGCGAACAGGCAUAAACGACUGAAAAAUACCCCAAAACAAAUGGAAACAUGAACACCGGAAAUUGGCAUUUAGCAAAUUUGGCAGCUGCAUAAAAUCUAAAGUGAUUAAAGUCGAGGAUAAAGUUGACUUUUUGCAGUUUUCUACAAGUUUUUGUGCGCAAAAUACAUCACUUUUAAACCUUGCAAAGGAGAUCAGGUAAUAUUGUACUUUUUGCACUUCUUAUUUACCGGUAAAUGUGUCGGUUUUUGCAAAAAUGCAUUCAGCAUAAAUCAGAUAAAUGUACAGUACAUUGUCUGUUCGAUAAAUUUAUACUAGCUGCUUCACAAGUUCACGUUGAAAAUGUGCUGUUGCAUUUGUGUUUUGUCGGCUGUUUUAAUAAAAGAUCAGUUUUAUCUAGUAUGAAAUUAUUGACAAAAUUUUGCAGGCUAUGAAUCCCAUUGUUUACAUUUAUUUACUAUUUUGGGCAAAUUCUGCGUUGAGGGGUUAAUUAUAGCUGGUAAACACAUUAAUAACUGAUAAGCCACACUGCAUCUUGAUGCAGCCAACCUUGUUAGGUAAACAUUAUGUGAUAGAUAUAUCGAUAGACACUUUAUUUCCCGAGAGUAGCACUGAAUAGCCAGAGCCUAAUAAACUUGUGGCCCUCAAUAUAAGUUAAUUAUUUACAGUACACAUUAAAAGUUAAACUUACUCAAUCUCUUUCCCCGAGCCUGCGAUCCUCGGGAAGGAACGCGAGACUCUGGGAUAAUCCAUUUCAGGGAGGAAUCUGAUUGGCCGUUGAUAUGGAAUGCGCAGUUCAGUUGGAUUAUCGCAGAGCCUCACAUUCCUUCCCAAUGAUUGCAGGCUCGGGAACAAGAUUGAAACUUACUAUAUAUGUAUAUAUACCAAAUUAUGAACGAACUAUACAUUGAAAUGGUGUAAAGAUUUCUGUUCCUUGAAAAUCAUUUUUACUUGUUUAGGAAUAAUAUUGGCGUCCAAUCUUGACAAUACCUUAAUUUUGUUCUAGCCAUGUCAUCGAAACGAAGACAAUCAGAAUAUUUAUUAGGUAUAGAUGUCCGUGAACAGCAGUGGCAGUCUGAUAAAAGCUCGACAUUUCUGGAAUACUUGUGUACCCUAAAUAUUGAUAUUAACCCAGGUGCUAUACGGCAAACAAGUAUCAUAUGUACGAUAGGUAAGUGCUUAUACAACAGCCAAGUCAAGGAUACAGGGGGGUGGGGAGGAGAAAGAAGCUGGGGGAGGAGGCAAGAUAAUUUUUAGCACUCAAAAUCUAAAAUACAAUGCAGUUUUACAGGCGCAUUUUGAAGUUCUGGAUUUUGCUCUAAAAAAAUAUUGAGCCACCCUAGCACCUACCAAGAAUAUAUUGAUCCACUUGACCUGUGUUAGUCAGAGAAAUCUCAAAAAUAGUUAUUGGAUUUGAUUAAAAAAAUGUUAAAAAUCGACACUCCCAUGGCCAAGGCAGGGGGGCGGGGUGUAGCCCUAGUUAUAGUAGGCUGGAUCGAUAUACCGGAUAUAUCCGAUAUACCGGUAUUUGUUUAGAUACCGGUUUGGCGAUAUUGGCAAUUUAACAAUACCGAUAUACUGACAUUUCGGUAUUUUGCUGUCUAAUACCGAAAUGAAAUGCUAUUUCAAGUUAAACUUGCUUACAAUCACGUUUAGAAAGCAAAGUUAAUACCCACAGAUGCAUGACAUGCAUGAAAACCUUUUCUGCCUUUUUUUUUUUAUCGGGCAGUAUAAGAAAGUAACUUUUUGUUGUUUUUAAUCUUAUUUAACUGACAUGCUAAUUUGUUUAUGUGUUAGUUUUAAAAAUGCAACGUUUUUUAUGUUUAUAACUAUUGGCAGCUUACUGAAACACUAUCUGAAUUUAUAUACAAAACGAAUAUUUUUCUGAAUGAUUCAACACUUCGACGCCCUACUAAUAAUUGCCGCUUAGCGCUGUUAAUUGUUAACAUAGCUUGAUAAUGCGAAUCUUGUGACAUUUUGCACUAAUAACAGUAUGUGCCACAUUAAUAUUUUGUCAAAACUUGAUUUUUCUUGACGGUCAGCACUUCAGUUUGGCUUAAAAAAAAACACGUUAAAAAUACCGGAAUACCGAUAUUUACCGGUAUUCUGAUGGCGGUAUAUCGGUAUUCGGUAUUUGCGAUAUCGAUCCAGCCUAAGUUAUAGUCUAGUACUGAUUGUACAUGGUUAAAAAUGUUUCAGGGCCAGCUAGCCGUGAUGUGGAUACAUUGAAGCAACUUAUCGACGCUGGCAUGAAUAUUGCAAGAAUGAAUUUUUCCCAUGGAACUCAUGAGGUAUGCCAGCCUUGUAUAUAAGUCAAUAAAAUAUUCUGCUAUUGACAUCAAAAGUAGUUAGUUGGACCUUCAACCAAGCAUACUGACAUGAAAGUCUAACUUUCAAACAUGGAUAUAGACUCUUACCAGUUAACUAUUUUGUGUUCUUUCAGUACCAUAAAGAAACCAUUACGAAUGUUCGCGAGGCUGCGAAGGACCAGUACCCACAUCCAGUGGCCAUAGCUCUUGAUACCAAAGGGCCUGAAAUAAGAACUGGCUUAUUGAAAUCUGUAUGUACUUUUCAAAAAUAGAAGCCAAAAAAAAUCAAGAUGAAAUUGUAUGGUGCAUGUACCUACCCAGCUAACACAUAACUUUAUCAUCUUUAUGUCAUUAUUGAAUGUACCAGUGAUAUAAAAUCUAGGAAAAUUGAGGCUGGGUUUUUUACUUUAAAAUAUUGUUUUGGUAGGAUAGUGUAUGUUUCCAAACUUUGAGUUUUGGCAGAAAGUGUCAAUUUUUGUCAUGAGUUGUGGGUUAAUCAGUGAUGUGUUAAAAUGAAGUUGAAUUCUUCCCUAUGUGCCCUAGCUAUUUUGUUAUUUUAUUCUGCCUAACACACCAGAUGAUUUUACUUGGGGAAUUAGUGCUGGGCAACACUCUGGGUAGUAACAUAAAUUAUACAUAUUAACAUAUCAAAGUGAGACAGAGUUACCAGACUAAUAGUUGGAAUAGUGACCACCUACUAGUGAAAAGUUUGGGGACCUGUUGUUUGAAAGCUAAUAAGGUAACCCUAGGUUAACCUAAAAAUCAAAUUAUAAAUUUAGAAAUAUUUCUUUAAAAAUUUUGUCUGGAUCAGUUCGAGUUGUCUUCUCUGAUGUUUCGGAAUAAACAGACGUGCAGAAGUACAUAAACUAAAACAGCAGGUUAAAUUUUGACCCUGGGGUUAGCACUAAUCCAGCAUUGAUUAACCAGCCCCUGGAUGUAUUUGUCUCUAAACUUGUUUAUAUAAAUAUUACAAUUUACUGGCAGGGCCCAACAGGUGAAGUUGAACUAACAGAAGGACAGACGCUCAAACUUUCACUGAAGAAAGAACACUUUGAACAAGGCGACAAAAAUAUGGUGUAUGUAGACUACGCCAAUCUUGCCAAGACAGUGAAAAAAUCUAGCAAAAUCUUCAUGGAUGAUGGACUGAUUGCGCUACGUGUGACCGAAGUUGCAGAAGACCACGUGAUGACGGUGGUUGAGAAUAGUGGAAAGUUGGGUAGUAAGAAAGGUGUCAAUCUUCCCGAAGCAAUUGUUGAUCUGCCUGCAGUCUCUGAAAAAGAUAAAGCUGAUAUAUUAUUUGGAGUAGAACAUGGGGUUGGUAUUCAUUUCUGCUGCAUCCUAACCAAAUAGCUCGCAGCAUAUGUCCUCCAAUUAUAACGUAAACUUCGAAGUUUUCUGUAAUCGAUCAUAUCAGAUUUCCCAUUUGAAACACAUUACCUACUACCUAAUUUCAUACUUAGCCUAGACUAUUUUAUCUUGAUAACAAUUGUGAUGAUUACUUUUCUAACUGUGUUUAUCCUAACCCACCCUGUCAACUUUCCCUGCGGGAGGAAACCGGAGCACCCGGGGAAAACCCACGACUUUCGGCAGAGCGUUGACUGACUCUUUUCACAUGAGUCCAUAGCGGGAAUCAAACCCACGAUCUCAGAGGUGAAAGGCGCUUACUCUUAUGACUGCGCCACCGAAGCCCCUGUCCACCUGCACCCUGCUAGUAUCUGUGACAUCUACUGCAUCUGUUAAACCAAUUAAAUGCUAAAUGUGGGUAUAUUGCAUGCUGAAUCAUGUGUUAACAGAGGGUCCUGAAGGGGUAAAAUGGGAACUGGGAUUGAUCUAUUUUUAGACUGGGAAAAUGGGAUUUGGGUUGCUGGGACUGGGAUUUAGCCACUGGGAAUGGGAAAUGAAGUCCUCAAAAAUGGGAAUGGGAUUGAGGAAAUGCGAGUCGAUUCCCAAUUUUUCUACGUUUUAAGUAUUUUAAAAUACAAUUUUGAUCCGUUUUUGGUGUCUUUGGUCAUGAUUUUUGUUGUUAACUAUACUAUUCACAGCACUACCUGCGAACAGGCAUACUCUGGCGCCCGGAAUUCUGGGUUUUCUGAUUAUGCGUGUCUCAGAAUGCUGCAAAUGCCAUUUCUGGGAUUCAAAUUUAAAAAUUUUCCGUGCCUUCGGCACAAGCCCCCCGACAUUUCAUAAAGUGUCCGCCACGUGCACACACGGUGGCUUAAAACUGUUUAUUCUACCAAUAAAUAAAGAGUUUUUUAUUGACUGGCAUUUCAAUAACUCGGACUGGGAUUUCUAAUAAAAAUCCAACUGGGACUGGGAUUUUGCCAAAAUUUCAGGUGGGAAAUGGGAUUGGGACCCCCCCCCCCCCUUCAGGACCCUCUUAACAUGCUAACCACCCUCACCUGCAGCUACUCGCCUGUCGAUAUGCUACCAUCUGCGUCCAUUUGAAUAACCAUCUGCAGCAUCUGAUAACCAAUGCCAAUACUGGACCUACCACUCCUUUACGCCCUAUCGCUUCAUGAUAGUGCAUUACUGCUCGAGCUACCAUUAAUUCAUUUCUACUCUCACCUAGAUUGACAUGAUAUUUGCCUCCUUCAUCCGUAAAGCCAGCGACAUACGUAUGAUCCGAGCAAUAAUGGGGCCUGGGGGAAAGAACAUCAAGAUUAUUGCGAAAAUCGAGAACCACGAAGGUGUGCGGAAUUUUGACAACAUUAUUAAAGUCGCUGAUGGUGUUAUGGUGGCCAGAGGUGACCUUGGUAUUGAAAUACCUACGGAGAAAGUUUUUAUUGCACAAAAAAUGAUGGUUGGAAAAUGCGCACGCGAUGGAAUACCUGUUAUUAUCGCUACGCAGGUUUGUAUCCUUCAUUUUAACAACACUGAACUUCGGUACUUUAGUGUCAGGAUAGAAUUGAGCACUGGUGCCACAUGUUGGAAUCCGUGGUAACGCGGUUACCAGCAAAUGACUUGAGCUACUGUAACUGCAAACCUGAGUCAGAAGCUCCUGCGCGCGCUGGUAUAUUAGAAACCUCCCGAGUGAUAUUUCCUAUAGCCAAAAUUGAUCUUCAUUUGCCCACGUCUGUCGUCGUACGUAACAUAGUCUAUCAGUUUAUAUCGUCUAAAAUUUUCUGCUCACUACUAGAUGUUGGAAAGCAUGAUUCAGAAGCCACGUCCAACACGUGCGGAAGGAUCAGACGUUGCAAAUGCAGUGUUAGAUGGUGCUGAUUGUGUCAUGCUGUCUGGUGAAACUGCUAAAGGAAAAUAUCCAGUCAGAGCCGUUGAAGUAAGUAAUACUUGAUAUACUUUUCAUUAUGAUCUUUGUAUGACAUGUUGCUUUAUGGGCGAGGAUUGCAUUGUCGGUAGGCCAUUCAUCUGGAGAUCGAGAGGUUCGCUUCCUCGCCAACUCAGCGUGCGAGUAGCAUGGUUUCAGGUAAACCUGGAUUGUACGGUAAUACAGGGAGCUGACGGCAGGUGUGCUGCUCCGCCAUGGUUUGGUUCUGCUAUCACUCUCCUUCCGUCUGAAUCCCUUCUUCCUUCCUUAGUUACAACUUUCAACGUUCUCCCUCUGUAGGUCAUGCACAAGUCUGUUGUCAUGCACAAGUCUGUAUUUUAGUCCCUUCGACUGUGGAGGUAACGUCGCCCAUGACUCCUAACUUUUAGUCCCUUCGACUGUGGAGGUAACGUCGCCCAUGGCUCCCUAACUUUUAGUCCCUUCGACUGUGGAGGUAACGUCGCCCAUGGCUGUCUAACUUUUAGUCCCUUCGACUGUGGAGGUAACGUCACCCAUGACUCCCUAACUUUUAGUCCCUUCGACUGUGGAGAUAACGUCGCCCAUGACUCCCUAACUUUUAGUCCCUUCGACUGUGGAGGUAACGUCGCCCAUGGCUCCCUAACUUUUAGUCCCUUCGACUGUGGAGGUAACGUCGCCCAUGGUUCCCUAACUUUUAGUCCCUUCGACUGUGGAGGUAACGUCGCCCAUGGCCGUCUAACUUUUAGUCCCUUCGACUGUGGAGGUAACGUCGCCCAUGACUCCCUAACUUUUAGUCCCUUCGACUGUGGAGAUAACGUCGCCCAUGACUCCCUAACUUUUAGUCCCUUCGACUGUGGAGGUAACGUCGCCCAUGGCUCCCUAACUUUUAGUCCCUUCGGCUGUGGAGGUAACGUCGCCCAUGGCUCCCUAACUUUUAGUCCCUUCGACUGUGGAGGUAACGUCGUCCAUGACUCUUAACUUUUAGUCCCUUCGACUGUGGAGGUAACGUCGCCAAUGACUCCCUAACUUUUAGUCCCUUCGACUGUGGAGGUAACGUCGCCCAUGACGCUCUAACUUUUAGUCCCAUCGACUGUGGAGGUAACGUCGCCCAUGACUCCCUAACUUUUAGUCCCUUCGGCUGUGGAGGUAGCGUCGCCCAUGACGCUCUAACUUUUAGUCCCAUCGACUGUGGAGGUAACGUCGCCCAUGACUCCCUAACUUUUAGUCCCUUCGGCUGUGGAGGUAACGUCGCCCAUGGCUCCCUAACUUUUAGUCCCUUCGGCUGUGGAGGUAACGUCGCCCAUGGCUCCCUAACUUUUACUCCCUUCGACUGUGGAGGUAACGUCGCCCAUGACUCCCUAACUUUUACUCCCUUCCACUGUGGAGGUAACGUCGCCCAUGACUCCCUAACUUUUCGUCCCUUCGACUGUGGAGGUAACGUCGCCCAUGACUCCCUAACUUUUAGUCCCUUCGACUGUGGAGGUAACGUCGUCCAUGACGCUCUAACUUUUAGCCCCUUCGACUGUGGAAGUAACGUCGUCCAUGACGCUCUAACUUUUAGCCCCUUCGACUGUGGAGGUAACGUCGCCCAUGACGCUCUAACUUUUAGUCCCAUCGACUGUGGAGGUAACGUCGCCCAUGACUCCCUAACUUUUACUCCCUUCGGCUGUGGAGGUAACGUCGCCCGUGGCGCCCUAACUUUUAGCCCCUUCGACUGUGGAGGUAACGUCCAUGCAUGGCGCUCUAACUUUUAGCCCCUUCGACUGUGGAGGUAGCAUCGCCCAUGGUGCUCUAACUUUUAGUCCCUUCGACUGUCGUCCAUGCAUGGCGCCCUAACGGUUCGCAAAACAGAGUUAGUCCCUUCGACUGUGGAGCUAGCAUCACCCAUGACAGGCAUAUCGUGGGACAUUACAAUCUUUGCGGUGUUUAACCUCGCCUCCGUUCACCAAUACCCUCUCCUUACAGGUAAUGCACAAGAUCUGCUGUGAAGCAGAAGCUGCCAUAUAUCACCGGCAGUUUUUCAACGACAUCCGCCAUUUGAUUGAAAAUCCAUCAGUGACAGAAACGAUCGCAAUGGCUGCAGUAGAUGCUUCCUUUAAACAGAGAUGCUCUGCUAUCAUUUGUAUGUCACACACGGGAACGUAAGUAGAACUUGGAAUUUUGCUUUUGGUCUGGAGUGUCGACACGUUGGGUCGUGAAUGUAAUUUGUUCUACGAUUGCAUUCAUCCAACCAACCAGGGGGACAAAACAUUUCUGAUGGUUGCUGUGAACUCAAAGUUGAAUCCCAUUUAUUUUCAGAACUGGUCAUCUGCUAUCAAAGUACCGACCACGAUGUCCUAUAAUCACAAUCACUCGUGACGAACAGGCAGCUAAACAACUUCAUUUAUACCGAGGUUGUUUCCCACUGAUCUACGAUAAACAUAAUUCGGAAGAUUGGUUUGCAGACUUAGAAGAUAGAGUGGAUUUUGCUAUCAAGGCAGGCAAAGAGAUGGGCUUCCUUAAAGUUGGUGCUUCGGUUGUUUUGGUUUCUGGCUGGAAGUUUGGACCAAAACAUACAAAUACCAUUCGUAUCAUUGCAGUGGAGGAAGAAAAAACAACACUAAGAUACUGA